AUGGCAGAUGAUCGAGCUCCCUUGUGUCACCGUGGCGAAGGUCUGACGAAUUUUCAACUCAACACCAACGUCACCAGCAUCACUGUUGAUUCACAAUGGGCCAAUCUGCUUCGCUCGUUGGGCGCGAAUGUCUUUAUUCACUUGCUCACCAACGCAUCCAUCUUCGCGCCGAUCGCCCACUCAGAUGACUGCUGGAUGCAGCUCACUGGCGUCCCCAUCUCUGACCUGGAAGAACAAAGCGUUGCUCACUCCGACGAGACUCCCGUGGCUCCAAAGGUUGCGCCCCGUCGCCGACGAAAGCGCUCAAAGCGCCACGAUGCUGAGCCCUCGCUUCUCCCCCUCCAGCGAGGCCCAUUUCAAAAGACCGUUUCACUGCCUGUUGGUGCCUUUGACAGGCGACCCGCACCGUCAGAGAGCCUGCGAGCCUUCAACGGCGCUGCUCUGAAGCGCAAGUUUGGUGGCAAAUCGCAAAUGUCACAGAAGAGGUAAGUCGCAUGUCAAAGACGACGAGUGCAAACCUGGCCUAACAUCGACACUGCUUCUCUAUGCUAGACGGAAGCACACAGAGAUCACAUUUGUACGCUCUCGUAUAUUCUACGCUCGGCCGAUCCGGACGAGAGCAGGACGCAUAGCGGUCGGCUUGCCCAUCAAUCGUGAGCAGUGCCCGGAUAGCGCUGAUGCGUACCGCUUGCGGCUUUUCUGAGAAUCAACGCGUGUUCGUCCGGCUAGAUGUCUUCAAUCGCACCGCCAGCGUGGCGGAUCUCCUCAAAGCUUUGCGCAAACAUCCGUCAAAGCGAGGAAGCUCCGCGAGCCCCAUUCCUGCGGAUGGGAGCGCGCACAAACAUGCAACCCAGCUCGGACCGCUCACGCUCGCAGAGAGCAAGAAACACAAGCUGAUGCGUGUUCAACAUGUGAUGAAGCAUGUCUGGCCGCUGGAGUACGGCUUGCACAAUGUGUUUACCAGCAGCAGAGACUGGAAAAAGACCAGUCAGCCUUUCCAGGAGUACGGUAAUCGGGACGUUGAAAUUGCGGUGAGAAUACACUGGCUUCGCUUUUAGAAUCAUUGCAUUGAAUUGUCGUGUUUUUCCAUGCGCAGGCAAAGGGUCAAAUCAAGACACCUCUGCGGCUCAAGAAAGCUCGUCAUCUAAUAGCGAUCAUGCUGCACAAACACGACCGACUGGAUUAUCGCCGGAUGUCAGACAUCAUGUGCCGAAGCCUUCUACCGCGUCGGCGACUUACCGAGCACGAUCGGGACGAAAUCGCUGUGAGUGAAUUGAAAUUGCGGGGUCAGGUCAGCAACUCCUGACUUUCGCCUGCAGUUCAACAUGGCCGAGCUGCCAGGCAGCUCGCAAUUUGCUAGAGGUGGAUCUCUUGGCCCAACGGCCUCCUCAUCGCAACUGCCACCGACAACGCAAGCACAUGAAGAUGAUCUUGAACCAGCUUCGGGAGCGCCCCAGUCACGCGAACAUCUGGACCAGAUAUCGAUGCAGGUCGCCACGCAAGCUAGAGACAAGCCCCGCUUCAUAAGGUAUGCACAGCCCACUGGCCAAGUUGCUCGCUACGUGUGUGCAGUCAUACGAAGUACUGUGCCGAUCGAUCUACUCGGUUCAAGACUCAACUAUGGAAAAUUUCAGAGGGGUGAGUUGCAUUGCGGAGAACUCCAAGCGACCUCUUGCUCACUCCUCGCUUCCCGCUCCUAGCUGUGCGACAAUUCGUGCACGCAAGGCGGUACGAAAGCGUAAACAUGCAUCAGCUUCUUGACGGUUUGCGCCUUAAUGACGUCACUUGGCUCCAGACCCCAAGCCUCCGAGCAAGCGCCCAGCGCUGUACAGCUGCUGAACAUGCGAGACGUGAAAGUCUCUUGGCUGAGGUACUCUUUUACGUGGUUGAUAGUCUCGUCAUGCCCCUGCUGCGCACAACAUUCUACGUCACGGAAGCUGCUGCCUACCGCAAUCGCGUUCUGUACUUUCGCCAAGAUGACUGGGCGAUUGUAUGCGCACCACUCUUGAACAGACUCAAGGGCACCACUUUUGAACCUGUACCCCGAACAGAAGCUCUGGCCACGAUCUUGGAACGCAAAUUGGGCUAUUCUCACAUCAGAUUUCUGCCCAAGGAGACGGGCGUUCGACCCAUCGUCAACUUGAGACGUCGCUCGCUGCGCCGCGUGGCUGGCUCUAACAAUAGCGCCUCAAGCAACAGCGGGGACGCUACACUGGGCCGGAGCAUCAACUCGGUCAUGCAGAAUGCAUUCCAAAUUCUCACUCAUGAGAGAACAUCACAGCCACACAUGCUCGGGGCGUCCGUUUUCGGGCUGAACGACAUCUACAAACGCCUCAAGGACUUUGCGCCUACCGUCCGCGAUCGCCUCAAAAAGAAUGGCUCGCGUCUUUAUUUCGUGAAAGUCGACAUUGUGGCCGCUUUCGACACGAUUGUGCAAGAUAAGUUGAUGGCCAUCGUCAAAUACCUUCUUCGUGAUCAAGUGCGUGUAUGAUCGAGUAGCCUGAUCCGUGCUCAUUCGCUGAGAGGACCGUACCUUGUCUCAGGAUGGCUACGUCAUUCAAAGAUUUACACAGAUGGUCAGCGCCGCUGGCAAGGCCAAGAAGACAUUCGUUCGGCGUGCUUGCCCCGAAGCGCAGCAAGGCAGCUUUGCGAGCCUUGCCGAAGAAAUUGCGCGCUCAUUACGCAAUGCCGUCUUGGCUGACUCGGUAAACUACCCCUAUGAGGAUCGAGUGGAUCUACUUCAUUUGCUGGACCAGCACGUCAAUGACAACCUAGUCAAGAUUGGCAGAGACUUCUACCGUCAACGCGUUGGCAUCCCUCAAGGAUCGAGUCUAUCUACGAUGCUCUGUUGCUUCUAUCUUGCACAACUAGAGAAGGAGAAGCUUGCGUUCACCCAAAAGCCUGGAUGCCUGCUCAUCAGAUAUGUUGAUGACUUCUUGUUCAUCUCUACAUCUAAGCGCCGAGCCACACAUUUCUUUCACACCAUGGAGCGCGGCUACCCCGACUACGGUUCUAGCAUUUCCCCUGACAAAACCUUGGCCAAUUUUGAUCUAAGCGUCAGCGGCACUGGCGCCUUCGUUCCCAGAACUCACACGGACUUCUUUCCAUGGUGCGGCAUCUUGAUCAACUCCAAGAUACUGUCCGUAAGGACGGAUUUAUCACGCUACGCCGCGAUGCGUGAGUAUCCGACAACAGCGCAUUCAUUCAUUGGGUUGCCGUGGAGGUUGCACUGACCUCACACGCAAUCGUCAUUUGGGUGCAGAGAUCGGAGACACGCUCACUGUUGAGCAAGGCCGCAGACCAGGCAUCACUCUCGCCCAGAAAACCAAGCAGUGAGUAGGGCGGAGCUUGCAACGCCCACGAUGCAACUCUGAUGUACUUAGAUCACUCGUCGCAGAGCUUUGAAAAGCCGUGCGCAUAUCAUUUACAACGACACAGAUCUCAAUCCGCACGUGGUCGUACAUCAGAACAUUUACGAAGGAUUCCUGGUCGCUGCGAUGAAGUUGGUCGCCUACUUGAAAACCCUCAAAGGCCAGGCGCCUGCUGAUCGAGCGCGACUUUGUCUCCGUGAGUAUGGAUGAGAUGAAUCAGCGUGCGCCUCAGCUGAUUUGUACUAGGCGUGCUUUAGACGUGCUCAACAAAGCGACGAGGACGAUGUACAAUGAGAUCGUACUGGCGGCGCGGGCUGCAGCGAAGGUUUUGCAUCCCGGUUCGACCUCAAGACUAGAGGCUCUGCAUGUGCAAUGGUGAGCAAUCAGUGCCAUUAUGUGACCAAAGACAUCACAGUGCAUAGUGACUCAUUUACACUGGCUGUCACCAUCUCCCGGGCUCAGGUUGGGGCUCCAUGCCUUUCAUUCAGUGCUCUCUACGCGCGUGGGUCACUAUGGCACCGUCUUGCGCGAGCUAAAGAUGAAAAUGCUGGCUGGGCAUUACAGGAGCGCUCGACGUAGACUCGAACCAAGAGCCACUCGCUACCUGGCCGAGAGCGCCGCCACGCUCCGCCAAGUGCGCUACUAG